GGAACCACACGCGGCCCAUGAGAAAAAAACACGAGCUCGUGAAUCGUGGCGACAAAAGGUUGCCACCCUCCGUGGCUGGCUAACCCUCUUCGUCGAUCGGUGUCCCUAGCCUCCCCCUGCCCGGCUGUCCUCCUCGAUUUCGCAAGCUCCUGGUUACGGCGGCAUCUAUCGUUCCGCCGCAAGGGCCGCAUCGUCUCUCUCGCGACGCUGCCCCAGACCGCCGAGAUAAUGGCUGGCCACCGAAACAGUCAUGGAAAGCGCCAGUCUGAUUUUACUGAAAAUGGAGGCAGUAAGAGAAGAAAUCCUGGCGAUGAUACAUAUGCACCUGGUCCUGAUGACACUGUGUAUCGCUACCUCUGUGCCUCUAGAAAAAUUGGGAGUAUCAUUGGCAGGGGUGGAGAAAUUGCAAAGCAGUUGAGGACUGAGACCCAAGCUAAGAUCAGGAUUGGCGAGAGUGUCCCUGGAUGUGAUGAGCGAGUUGUUACCAUAUUUAGCACAAGCAGGAAAACUAAUACCAUCGAUGGUGCUGAAGAUGAGGUUUGCCCUGCUCAGGAUGCCCUCUUUAGAGUUCAUGAGAGGCUUGCCAGUGAUGAGGGUCUUGGGAACGAAGACAGCGAAGAAAUUUCACCUCAAGUUACUGUUCGCUUGCUUGUGCCAUCAGACCAGAUUGGAUGCAUUAUUGGAAAAGGUGGGCAGAUCAUCCAAGGAAUCCGCAGUGAGACUGGUGCACAAAUACGUGUCCUUAGUAAUGAUCAUAUCCCCGCAUGUGCCAUUAGUGGAGACGAACUUCUCCAGAUAUCUGGGGACACGGUAGUUGUCAGAAAGGCUCUUCAUCAAGUGUCAUCUCGCCUCCAUAACAACCCAUCCAAGUCACAGCAUCUUCUUGCAUCCAGCUUGACCCAACCUUAUCCAGGGAGCACCCACCUUGGUGGUUCCUCUACUGCACCUGUUGUAGGGAUCACUCCAGUAAUUCCUCCUUAUGGUGGCUACAAAGGUGAUGUAGCAGGAGAUUGGCCCUCUUUAUACCAACCACGAAGGGAUGAGAGCUCUGCAAAGGAGUUUAGCUUGCGUUUACUUUGUGCUGCUGCAAAUGUGGGGGGUGUAAUUGGGAAGGGUGGUGGAAUUAUCAAACAGAUUAGGCAGGAGUCUGGGGCUUUAAUCAAAGUGGCUAGCUCCAAUUCAGACCCUGAUGAUGACUGCAUAAUUACAGUUUCUGCGAAAGAGUUCUUUGAAGAUCCUGUAUCUCCAACAAUUGAUGCUGCAGUUCGUUUGCAGCCUAGAUGCAGCGAGAAAAGUGAUUUAGAAUCAGCUGAGCAGUCAUACACAACACGCUUGCUGGUGUCAACAUCACGUAUUGGGUGCCUAAUUGGCAAAGGUGGUUCAAUCAUUACUGAGAUACGGAGAACAUCCAGAGCAAAUGUACGUAUUCUUUCAAAAGAAAAUGUUCCAAAGGUAGCAGCAGAAGAUGAUGAGAUGGUUCAGAUCACUGGAGGCCUUGAUGUUGCAAGAAAUGCUCUUGUGCAAAUAGCUACAAGGCUGAAAGCCAAUUUCUUUGAAAGAGAGGGCUCUUUAUCUGCAUUUCCACCUGUUAUCCCUUACCAUCCUUUGCCUGCUGGUGUUUCGGAUGAACCAAAAUAUCUAGGCAGAGACACCAAGCCUGUUGGGCACUAUCUAUAUUCAAGUGGUUUUCGUACAUCGGAUGACACGAUUCCUUCUGACAGCUAUGCAAGUUAUGGCGGCUCCCAGGCACCUGGAAGAGGAUAUGGGGCUUACAGCGGGUACAGUGCUCGCUCCUCUAAUAGUGGGUUAUCUGGUCAUAGUUCUCUUCACUAUGGAAAGCGUCAUGGUUAUUAGGAUUUAGAUUGCUUGAUAAAGCAGCUCAGCUAUCUGAUGGACCUGUUAUUUUCACCUUUGCCACCCCUGCUCCCCUCACGUACUAUAAAAACAGCCAAGACAUUGAAGUUUGGAGCCUGCUUAUUGGAGUCCCUUCCCAAACCAGAUGACCAAGAGAGCCCAACCUGGAAGCUUUGCUUAAGAGGACCCGUGUGGAUGCCAUAGACCACCUUAUAUUCCUCACUACAUUACUUUGUCUUCCUGUGGGCCUAUGUUUUUAGCCCUGCCGCAAAUGUUCUGAACCUAUGUAUUGAAAGGUCGCAUUUGAGACUGCAUGUAUUUGCUUGUUUGAAACCUGAUUCAGUUUAGUGAUUUUGUUGAAACACUUGUUUCCUAUAUGCCACCCAAAAAGCCAGGAAUAUGUUACUAAAAAACCCUAGGGAGCUGUUACUUGCCUUUCCAUGGAAGAUGUGGGUUACUUUCUUCUCAGUGAUGUGUGACUGACAUCCUAAAUUAAAGUAACACCAGAAAUGGCCUUUUUGCAUCCGACACUAGAUAUACCAAACUUCGCUCCUCCCUGCCAACAUUUCACUGAAUUGCACAUUUUGCUUUAUUCAUCUACCCCUGCCAUCGAACACACUCAGUUUCACCUGCCUGCCUCAAUCUUCAGGGCCUGUUUGGUUUUAGUUCAGACAGCUUUGCAUGGCUCUCCUUGCAAUCCAAGGCUUUAGAUUUUCUGUUCCUGGGGUGGCAGGCUUUGAACCAAACAGGCCCCAAGAGCAUUGUUGAACUGACGUUAGCUAGCUGAACACACAUCUGUACUUGUUCGAUUGCAAUGCUGUUGCAACUUGCUACACAUGGGCAAGUUUAUGUUUAAACAUUGAAGUCAUUUUUUUGAACGAGAACAUUAAGCCAAUUUGAAGUACGUUGGUGUUUUAAGUAUAAGCUUUCUAACUUAAUCGGUUAUAAAUAUAUACUUUGGUGUGAGUAGCUAAUAUCCGAAACUUUGGGUAGCUGGAACUUUUUUUAGUCGUAUUGAUUUAUCACAAUGACCCAAAAAAUGGGUUAGUCAUGAUCUUACUGAACUCUUUAACCUGAUGCAUAUGUUAUAAUGCUUUAUUGACUAAAUGAGUAUUGGUGAUUGAAGUCCCGAUAACGUACUUGCCAACAUGCUAUGAUGGGGAAACUAUAUGCCAACGGUUGAACCAUGUGCAUGAGGCUGCAGUACGCAAAGUUUUUUUUGCAGGUUCACUGUUCAUUUCAUGUAGAUUUAGCAGGUUGUAAGUUCCACUGGGCUUGAUUCAAGAUUGAUUCUUCUUCAUGCCCGUGAGUCUUGUUAACUAGGAAUGUGCAGGAACAUGCAAAGGGUAAACCAUAUGCAGGUAUUGUUUAUGGAUGAGAAUGGAUUAGCCUACGGAGUUGCACAACAUUGUUAACCUUCGAAAUGUUGUUAGCGGAAUGGUUACUAUUCGUUCAUUGAAUCUUCUGCCAAUCUGUUUUAUGUAAAUGCUGUAUCGGAUUUUGAUGAGCAAAUUCUAUUGCAGUGCCUGGAACGAUUGUGGUUUUGGCA